UCCGCAAGCGCCAGGCGGGAGCGGGAAUUUCGUCCUGAGGGUGAAGUCUGAAAACCGAAAAGCUAAGAAAAACCCAAAAUGAGGGCGCGGACUUCAAACAACAUAGUUGCGCCAAUUAAAUUGGUUAUCGCGCCACUCUCUCAUGCGAAGACGAAAUCUCAGCCGUCCACUCUCACACCGCCUUUAAAUCGCGUCUCUUUUGAUGAGACCGUGGCCUCAGAUAAAUCAUUUGCUCACUGUAGUGACUAGACGUUGCUGGAACGAUCAUCUGUGUCAGUGUUUGUUUGGGGCUCGAAUUCUUCUCCGAUACGGCAAUGGAGGGCUCUGGAAAGCAUAGCAACAACAGUAAAUUCUUGAACCCGUGGAUGCUUCAGUUCCAGAAAAUGGGUCUUGAACUCAAGUGCCCUCUCUGUUUAAACUUGUUCAAAAAGCCGAUGUUACUUCCAUGCAGCCACAUAUUCUGCUGCUCCUGCUUAGCUGAUCGCUCAAGGCGUAGUUCAGUAUGUGCUGUCUGUAAUAAUCAUUAUGCUCAAAGAGAUUUGAGGUCUCUGCCUAUUGAAAACAUGGUUGCAAUAUAUAGAAGCCUGGAUGCUGCCUUUCAUGCCAAUCUAUCUCAGCAUCAUUCUUCUGAUGAGCUGCCAGUUUUGGAGCGGUGUGAAACAUUGUUGAAUGGGACUUCUAAUUAUAAAACGUUCAAGGAACCAUGCAAAACAUCUCUAGGAGAUAACCUACAUCGGGAGCAGUCAGUAUUUUCACAAACAAUGGCUGAAUGUGUUAAGGGUCCUUUCAGUUUAGACCAUUCUAUGGAAGUUGAUAUUGGCAAGAAUCACAAAUAUGAGAAGAGUGGUAAUGUGGUGCAUGGUAAAGAUAAGGAUUUUGAGGUUUCUUGCAAGGAAGAGAUUCUGAUUAAAAGUUCCCAACUGGAUGGAAGGGCCCAUGAAGAUUGUGGGCUUGUUGAAAUGGACAUAAAUCAAGUCACUCAAUCUUCACCAGACAGCCCUCCAUUUUGUGAUACAAAAGGGUCAGACAAUGACUGCAGCGACCAGGAUAGUGAACAUCACAUGCCUGUUGAGAUAUUAGAAAGUUCUUCAUCAAAGAGAACAAGCAAAGAAAAUGAAAUAUUGGACAAACGGAUCCAGUUGCGGUCUGAAAGCUCUGCCUCUGAAACAGAGGGUAUUGUGAGGGACUCCAAGAGGCCUAAAAAUGGCAAUGAUGGCAUUCAACCUAAUGUAACCCAUCAAACCAAACCCAUGGCUUCUGAAUGUAAUAUGGACCCUAAAUGUGGAAUGGACCUGAAUUCAUGUUCAAAUGCAAAUGUGUGUUCUUUUUGCCAGUCUUCUAGAACCUCAGAGGUUACUGGGCCAGUGUUGCAUUAUAAAAAUGGAAAUUUGUUAACGGGAGUUGCGGCGCUCCAACCAAAUGUCAUACAUGUACAUAAACUUUGCAUUGAAUGGUCACCUCAGGUGUAUUUUAUUGGUGAAACCGUUAAAAAUUUGAAGGCAGAAGUGGCAAGGGGAGCCAAGCUAAAAUGCAGCAAAUGCGGCCUCAAGGGGGCUGCUCUUGGAUGCUAUGUUAAAUCCUGUAGGAAAACUUAUCAUGUUCCUUGUGCAAUGGAAAUCUCAGCUUGCCGAUGGGAUGAUGAGGAAUAUCUUAUGCUCUGUUCAGCUCAUUCUCACGUCAAAUUUCCAUGUGAGAAAUCCAGUUCUGAGAAACAGGGCUCCCAAAAGAAGCAUCCUGCGUCAUCAAAUUUGACACCUAAGCUGUCAAAGCCCCCAGUAGUUUUGUCAGAUGAUAGUAAACAUUUGGUUUUCUGUGGAUCUGCUCUGUCUACAGAUGAAAAGAUACGUUUGAUCAAUUUUGCAAGUAGGAUCGGUGCAACUGUUACCAAGUUUUGGACGCCAGAUGUGACACACGUGAUUGCAGCAACUGAUUCAAAUGGAGCGUGUGCCAGGACACUUAAAGUUCUUAUGGGCAUUUUAAAUGGCCAGUGGAUCCUUAAAAUGGACUGGGUUACUGCAAGCAUGGAGAUGGCGUGUCCAGUGGAGGAAGAGCCAUAUGAAAUAUGUCUUGAUAACCAUGGGUGUCAAGGUGGCGCAAAAGCUGGCAGGCUUAGGGCAUUGGCCAGUGCGCCCAAGCUAUUUUGCGGCUUUAGAAUGUACUUUUCUGGAGAUUACAUGUCAGAUUAUAAGGAGGAUCUUGUAGACUUGGUUGUGGCAGGAGGAGGUACUGUUUUGGAGAGCAAGGAAGAAUUGCAAACAGAAGCUCAUGAAGGCAAGGAGACCUCAAAGCUGAUUGUUUACAAUCUUGAUCCCCCACAAGGAAGUAGGUUGGGGGACGAAGUUACAAUUCUUUGGGAGAGGUUAAACGAGGCAGAGGAUUUAGCUGCUGCCACUGGUUCACAAGUCGUUGGUCACACGUGGAUUUUGGAGUCAAUUGCUGCAUGCAAGUUACAGCCUUUUAUUAGUUAGAUUAGAUUUCAUAUAGGCAGGCGAUUCCCAAUUGUAUGGACUAAAUUAGCAAGCUGUUGUGUCCAGUGAAAAGCUUGUGUACAGGUUUCAAAUGUAUUUUGUACCAUAACUUAGUUAUGAGUGGUAUAUUGUUUAAUGAUAUAUUCUGGAUCAUAGUGUCUCCUGUGAGCAUGAGUUAGUUUUGCUCUUCGACUAUGGCUAAAAUGUUAAGAUAUUCCUUAUUCUCCACUUUUUGGAAGCAUGGAAAGCAGGAAUGAAUAUGUUAAGCACAUAAAAGCAAUCUUGUUAUGGGUAA